AUGCUGGGCGCCAUGCUGCACACGCUGCUGCUGCUGCUGCUUCUGCUGCUGACUGAACUGGAGGGCUUGCUGGCUCCAGGAUCCGAUUUUCAAAGUUCACUUCUAGAAGUCAUAUUUCCAAAGAAAAUUGAAUAUAAAACAAACUCAGAAGAGCAGAUAUCCUAUGUUAUUCCAAUAAACAAGAAGCAGUACACUGUGCACCUCCAGAAAAGAAAUUUUUUAACAAAUCAUUUUAUGGUUUAUAUGUAUAAUCAAGGAUCUACGAGUUUUCAUUCUUCAAACAUUCCGGCUGAGUGCUAUUAUCAAGGACACGUCAAAGACUAUCCGAACUCUGUGGUCACCCUCAGCACGUGCGCUGGACUGAGAGGACUCCUGCAGUUUGAGAAUGUGUCCUAUGGAAUCGAGCCCCUGGAAUCUACAGCUUCAUCUCAACAUAUUGUUUAUAAGUUAGGGAAUGAGGAGAAGGAAUUGAUGUUUAGCAAAAACAGCAGAAACCUAGAGAUGCCAACGAACUAUGGCAUUUUAAUCAAUAAAAAGCCAAAGUCACCUUUAAAAAACUUGCUUCCCCUCUAUCUAGAGAUGAGUAUUGUGGUGGACAAAGCUUUGUAUGAUUACUUGGGCUUUGACAGCAUGAUUAUAACAAAUAAAAUCAUUGAAAUUAUCAAUCUUAUAAAUUCAGUGUUUGCCCAACUGAAGAUUACUGUUGUGUUGUCCUCACUGGAGUUGUGGUCAGAUAAAAAUAAGAUUCCUACAGUUGGUGAAGCAGAUGAAUUAUUGAAUAGAUUUUUAGAAUGGAAGCAGUCCUAUCUUACCCUAAGACCUCAUGAUGUUGCGUAUCUAUUCAUUUAUAAUGAGUAUCCAAAUUACGUAGGAGCAACAUAUCCUGGGAAGAUGUGUACUACCCACUACUCCGCAGGAAUCACAAUGUAUCCCAAGGACAUGACUUUGGAGGCCUUUUCGGUGAUUCUCACCCAGAUGCUGGGGCUCAGUCUGGGAAUAUCAUACGAUGAUACUGCGAAGUGCCACUGCUCAGAGUCCGUCUGUAUCAUGAAUCCCAGGGCUAUGCAAUUUGCAGGUGUGAAGUCAUUUAGCAAUUGCAGUCUGAAUGACUUUGAACACUUUAAAUUGAACGAGGGUGCCAAAUGUCUGCAGAAUAAGCCACAGAUGCAAAGGCAUCCAAGAGCAGUCUGCGGAAAUGGCCAAGUGGAGGAAGGUGAAUCUUGUGACUGUGGCACUGAAGAACAAUGUGGGCCUGAAAGCUGUUGUAAUCCUUCAUCUUGUCAUCUGAAACAUGGAUUACAGUGUGACAGUAGCCUUCCCUUUACACGGUGCUGCCAAGGUUGUUACUAUGCAGGAAGCGACAAAGAAUGUAGACCAGCAAAGCAUAUGUCCUGUGACUAUUCUGAACACUGCAAUGGGAGCUCGGCAUAUUGUCCACCUGAUAUACAUGUAAACAAUGGGUAUAAGUGUGGAGACGCUGGGGCUAUCUGUUAUGAUGGAGACUGUCCCAACCUGGACAGAAAGUGCGAGGGAGCAUAUGGAUCAGGUUCACAGAAUGCUCCAUUUGCUUGCUAUGAAGAAAUCCAGGGCCAAAAUGAUAGGUUUGGCAACUGUGGCAAAGACUCGCAAAACAGAUACAUAUUCUGUGGAUGGAGGAAUCUCAUAUGUGGGAGAUUAAUUUGUACGUACCCUAAACGAGCUCCUUUCAUCCCGGCCCUUCACAAUACUGCUUCCGUGAUCUAUGCUUUUGUGAGAGACAAAGUGUGUAUAUCUGUGGACUUUGGAUCAAGUGUCGACUCAGAUCCACUCAGGGUUGUUAAUGGUGCUACGUGUGAUCGUGAUAGAAUUUGCAUAAAUGGAGUGUGUGUAGAAUCAAGAUUUGUUAAGGCUGAAGCAGAAAAAUGUGCAAAAGAGAAGUGCAGCAGCAACGGGGUGUGCAUCAACACUGGCGUAUGUCAAUGUUUUCAAGGCUACAUACCUCCCAACUGUAUCCAAGAGCCAAAAGAAAGAUCGGCACUGUGGUCUGGCAAGCACGAUCUGCCCAUGGAAGGAGCUUCUAAGAACCAAGAAAAGAAGUGGCUUUUAAGUUUGCUCCUUGUCUUAAUUGUCCUCACUUCGGUGGUCCUCAUAGGCAUAGGGUGGAAAGGUCUGAAGCAGUGUGUCUUCAAGGAAGAGGAAUCCAUGAGUAGCGAAAGCAAAUCAGAUGACAACACUCACACCUACACCAGCAGAUCAAAAUCUGAGGCAAGCAGUGCAACACUGAUGAGCAGUUAA